AUGGCAUUUUCCCGUCUCGUACGCUUUGUGCCCAAGUCUGAUGAGUCCAAGGUUCUUAUUGGCGAACCCGUCGACGCCAGCAUUGAUGUUGGAUUGGCUAUUUAUGAGGGCAAAGAUGUUGAAGUAAAGCCGUUCACUGGAUCAUCUAUUCUUGCUCCCGGUGAGCGCACCGAGAAUGUUGAGAUCAUCAAGACUGUGCUUUCGCCAUUGGCACAGGAGGAAGUCGGGACAAUCCGAUGUAUUGGAUUGAAUUACGUCUCACAUGCCGCAGAGAUGAAUCUUUCACUGCCAGAAAUUCCCACCAUUUUCCUCAAGCCUUCAACAGCUCUGGGAAACCCGUGGCCAGAGCCAUGCUAUCUUCCAAAAAUCACCCAAAAGGACAACACGGGCGACUACGAGUCUGAAUUAGCGGUAAUUAUCGGCAAGACGGCGAAGAAUGUUUCCGAGGAAGAUGCCCUUGAUUAUGUUCUUGGAUAUACCACUGCCAACGACGUUUCGAGCCGGACAUCGCAGAACAACCAAAGCCAGUGGUGCUUCUCCAAGGGAUUUGACGGUGCCUGCCCUCUAGGGCCCGUCGUUGCAUCAACGUCAAUCGUUCCUGACCCCUCUCAGCUGCAGAUUAAGGGUACGUGGAACGGCAACGUCGUUCAAGAUUGCCCUCUCACAGACAUGAUCUUCACCGUCCCCCAGGUCAUCAGCUAUCUCAGUCAGGGCACAACACUGCCUGCCGGUACAGUAAUCAUCACCGGUACGCCGCCAGGCGUUGGAGCAGGAAAGAAGCCGCCUCAAUACAUCAAGGGAGGCGACGAGUUCCGUGUGUCGCUGGAACCACACAUUGGUACUUUGAUUACUCAGUUCAAGAAUGAAUAG